UCCAACUUCACUCCUUGGUUCAGAUCCUGUCGCAAUGCCAUUAUCGAGCCAGCCACCACCCCCCAUGAAUCCUACUGUAGAGGAGGUAGAAGACGAGAGUAGGCCUAGUCCAGGUAGCGGUGGUGGUGAUGCCAACGCCGCGCAACAGCAAUUGUCAUGGGCUGAGGUUUGCGCCCAGCACGAGUCGCUGCUGGUAUCCCACCUCGCGCUGCUACAGCAGGUCCAGGGCGAGGUUCCGUCCAAUGGCGAUGCGUCGCGGUUGGUUACCAACAUGUUGGAGCGGACGAAAAAGUUGAUGAUGCAGUUCAAGAUCAUCAAAGGCAAAUUUGUGAGAAAUCUAGAUGCUGAGAAAACCUUGCACUCGAACUCUGGCUCAGAUCCGUCAUCUUCUCAUCGGACGAGUGAUUCGUCUGGCAAUGGCCCUCGGGCGAGAGAUCGGGCGAAACGGGCACGCGCAGAAGCGAGCGAACGAGACGAGGAGACUAUUGCUGCAGUACCAGAUGCAGAGACUAUGUCGGCCUUUGCUGACCCAGCCCGUCAUCACAAGCGUAAGCGCUUAAUGAAGGUGCUGCCUGGGGGUGAGGAUGACGUUAGGAGCAUAACUCCGGUGUCGAUUGACACGGAGGACAUCUCUGAGGAGGUACAACGAAGGCUGGCUAUUCGAGACGAGCAACGCAAAAAGCGCAGCAAUGCUAAAGCAGAGAAGCGCAAACGAGACAGCAUGACCUCAACCGGAAGUGCACCUUCUCCUGGCGGUCCUACGAAGCAACCCAGAAAAAGGAUCAAAGCAAUCCAAUCCCAUGAGCGAUGAAGACAUCGGAGAGCGCUUCCCAAUCCAAUCGUACGGUCGCUCUUUCGAAUCGCAGUUGGGCAAAAGUGUCUAGCCAGACUUGACAAGAUGGUAGCCCUGCUGCCACAUGGUGCUUCACUUAUUGGGACGGAAGUUCCGACGAGGCUUCCUGCACGCAAUCUGAUCGUACCUGGAAGCUUAAUUCCGAUAUCUCUGCAGGGCUGUCUCGCGGAUUGGCUCGACCAGAAUCCCAAGCCGCAGCUGGGAUGAUCUUGCGUCACCCCCAGACUAUGCCAGACUCUGUGCUAAGCUUUCUGCAAGGGUACUGUGGCUACAGG